UGAAAAUAAAAUUUUAAAUAUUAAACUGAACAACGAGUAUACGCUGGAUCUGUAUUUCUCUCCUUUUCUCCGCUCUAUAAUUUUGCAAUUAUUUAUUAUAUACUAUGAAUACGGAGUACGCUUAUACGAAAAAAAGAAUGCAUUUCGGGAAGAGAUGCAAUUUUACCGACUUCGAUAAGAUCGAGGUGGAGAUCAAGUCAAAUUCGGCAUUAAUGAGCAAUUACAUCAGAAUGGAUCCCGUUACGCAUGCUACGCAAUUUGGUAAAGUUUACGCGGUCCACGAGAUAAAUACAACUACUGCGACAUACAAAGAUAACAAGAUGUUUCAUUACGAGGGCGGGUGGCCAAAGGAUGUAAAUAUGAAGGAUUUGGAACAGACGGUUAGAUAUAGACGCAAGAUCGAGAAAGAUGAGCUGUACACCCAUACGAUGCUGCAAUUGUUACCCUCGAUGGAGCACUGCAUUUUGCAAAACAACGCUUGCAACAUCUACGAGCAGUACUUUGCCGACAUAGAGGCGAGUCCGCUGAUACAGAGGGCCUUCUCGCGCACAGUGAAUGUUUACCGUGAUCCUCUGACAAUGAAACGUCAGAUUGCUCAUCUGUCAUGGUCGCCGGAUCAGGGCAAUCGCUUCGCAGCUAGUUACUGCAACGAUGAUUUUAAGAAGAGCUCCAGCGGCAAUUACGCGUCGUACAUUUGGGAAGUAGAGAACCCAAACAAUCCCUACAUGACGCUAAAGCCAUUCUGUCCAAUUCUGACAUUGGAGUACAAUCCCAAGGACAGCAAUAUUUUGAUAAGUGGUCUGGCGACCGGUCAGGUAACCUGCUGGGACAUCAGGCGAGGAUCGGAAGCGGUGGACAUCAGCUCGGUUGAGUUCAGUCACCGGGAUCCCUGCGACAAGACCCUGUGGAUCAAUUCCAAGACGGGUACCGAAUUCUUUAGCGCCUCGAAAGACGGACAGAUAAAGUGGUGGGAUAUCAGGAAAAUGCAGAUUCCGACGGAGACUUUAGUAAUAGACCUGCUAAAGCCGGAAGAUCAGAACGUAGACAAAGCGAUCGGCAUUUCGGCUCUUCAAUUCGAGCCGUCAAUUGGCACGCGUUUCAUGUGCGGUUUGGAGAACGGUAUCGUGAUAUCGGGCAAUCGCAAAGGUAAAACGCCUGGCGAGAAAAUCGCGUCGAGAUUCAAGGCGCAAUACGGACCGGUUAUAAGUUUGGAGAGGAAUCCUACAUUUGUGAAAAACUUUUUGACGGUCGGCGAUUGGACCGCAAGAAUUUGGUCAGAGGACUGUAGGGAAUCCUGCAUAGCAUGGACACCCGGUCACCGAGAUUUUUUAACCGGCGGCGCAUGGAGCGCCACGCGUUAUUCCGUCUAUUACCUGAUCAAAACCGACGGCACUUUAGACGUGUGGGAUUUCCUAAUUCAACAGGACAGCCCGGUUCUUAGCGUAAAGGUCUGCGACGAGAGUUUGACGUGUUUACGGCCACAUGAGCAGGGACAAUUAGCUGCGGUUGCGAACAAAAAGGGUUCAACCUAUCUGCUCGAAUUUUCCGAAGCUUUAAAAGUCAAUCAAAAGAACGACAAAUUGCAAUUAACCGCGCUUCUAGAUCGUGAGACGCGUAGAGAGAAAGUGAUAGAAGCGAAAAAUAGAGAGCAACGAUUAAAAUUGAAGACUCUAAAGAUGCACGGCGAGUCGGAUUUUGCCGAUGUUUCCUCGAAACCGGACGAACGGGAGGAUGCUAAAGAAUCUUCGGACAGUUUGAGGAAUGCGCUGAUAGCGCAAUGUGAACAAGAAUACGAAAAUAUGAUUAACACGGAAUUAACACGACAGGUGGAAGCGAGCAAUGUGGAAUUGAAUAAUAAUGUGAUGCAAAAUGAUGCUAUUAUAAAUUGAAAUGAUAAAUAACUAAUGACUAAUAA